AUGAAGAGGCCCCUCUGCCUCCCUGUCACCCUGCGAAACCCCUCCCUUUUGAGUUGGUUCAACAUCUCUCACCCUAACGCGUCUACGCCGAUUUUCAUUCCAUCUCAAGAGCAUCUCGCACUUGCCGCCACGAUUCUGGUUCAUCCCUCCACCACCGCGCGUCCAAAGACAACUGAAGAGCAGGAAGCGCCAAGCGUAUCUCUCCGUCUGCUGCGCCUGGUGAACAAUCAUGUCGGGCCCAUAAAUGGCAAGUUCAGCAAGGCUUUCAGAUUCAAGCACUUUGAGAGAUCUCGCCAUGGUGGAAGGCGCCAUGUAGACCGUGCUGCAGAAAAUUCGGUGACCAAUAACGAGAGGGAUCGGAACCUAGACAAGGACAUCAAUAUCGAUAUGGCACAGUCGGCCUCGGUCUGGUCGCGCGCGGAGGACUUUUGGCACGCCGUAGGAUGGGCUUUUAACUGCGCUGUUUUGCAUCCAGCGCGGUGGAAGUACUGGCGCAUCUGGCUGGAGUUUAUGUGCGAAGUCUUGGAGGCUGACUGGGAUGAACGCCAGCGAAGACAUGAAGAGGACCCCUCGCACGACGACCAGAUUUUGAAAGAUAGCAUGAUAAUCAACUACAUCAAUACUUCUACUGCCGGCUCCGGCCGCGACCGUCGGAUCCUGCGCGCCAUUUUCGCUGACGGUGGAACGUCAGCGGUCAAUGAAUUCCGUGAAGUCUUCCAUAGGGAGCUGAAGCUAUCACAGAAGAAGACCAACAAGGAGAAGGACACAAGGAAGAGAGGAGCAGCGGUGGACAUCGAGGCAGAAGAAUAUGGCGAUUUCUACCUCUCAACCGACCACGAGGACGAGGGCAGUUCCUCCGGUCACGGAUCAAAACGCCCACGCAGAGCCGCCAGGACCGGGAAGGAUGUUGGCACAGCCACUCUUGAUCGAGCUCCUAACUCCGCGACGCCAGACCCAACACUCGCAUCCUCGCUCCUCGGCGACAUUUCCUCACUCGCCCUCCGCCAACGCCUUUGCCACCUACUAUCCACAGUCUCCCAAUUCCUUCCAGCAAGCUUUAUGGACCUCUCAAACCUCUACCAGCUCUUCGUCGAAAAUAUCCGGCCUCUCCCCCUAGCAAUCUACCAGGCCUUUGUCUCCCCGCUUGCCCUUCCCAACUUCUCCCCCGCAGCGCAUUCAACCCUCUGUGAAUUUCUCCUGUACCGCCUUCGUGAGUCCUCCGCGCCCGACUCGAAGGAGGAAUACCUUAGUCAGGCUAAACUAGAAGAAUGCUUCCUCCCCUAUGCCGCCGCAACGGCGUCUCUCUCUGACAAUGCUAAGAUGUCCAUCACCCUCGAAGCUCUGCUAAUUUUGCUUGCGGAUAGCGAUAUGAUUGAAGUUACGGAUGAGACAAAGCGGUUGACCGAAUUGGGCAUCAUAAAACGCGCGGAGAAGGCUCAGCAGGAGACGAGGAAGAACCAAGCCGCUAAGAUGGUCGAUGACCAGGAAACGAGUUGGUUGGUCGAAAGUGCAGAGAGACUGACAUUUCUGGUUGAAGAUGUGAUUCCGUCUACCUGA